AUGGCUUCAUCAUCGUCUAAUGUCGUCGGCGUUCACUAUCGCGUAGGGAAGAAAAUCGGAGAGGGUUCUUUCGGUGUCAUCUUUGAGGGAACAAAUCUACUCAACAAUCAACAAGUCGCUAUCAAAUUCGAGCCUCGAAAGAGCGACGCUCCACAAUUGCGAGAUGAAUAUCGAACUUAUAAGAUUCUUGUUGGCUGCCCUGGUAUUCCUAAUGUUUAUUACUUUGGUCAAGAAGGCCUUCACAACAUCCUUGUCAUCGAUCUCCUUGGUCCAUCGUUGGAAGAUUUAUUCGAUCACUGCAAUAGAAGAUUCUCAACCAAGACGGUGGUUAUGGUAGCAAAGCAAAUGCUUUCAAGGGUACAAACAAUUCACGAGAAGAACUUGAUCUAUCGAGACAUUAAACCCGACAACUUCUUAAUUGGCCGACCGAAUACGAAAGCCGCAAAUGUUAUCCACGUUGUCGACUUUGGCAUGGCCAAACAAUACCGGGAUCCCAAGACCAAGCAACACAUUCCUUACCGCGAGCGAAAGUCAUUGUCGGGCACUGCAAGAUAUAUGAGUAUCAACACACAUCUGGGAAGGGAACAAUCAAGACGAGACGAUCUAGAAGCUUUGGGUCAUGUUUUCAUGUAUUUCUUACGAGGUGGUUUACCAUGGCAAGGAUUGAAGGCUGCUACCAACAAGCAAAAGUACGAGAAGAUUGGUGAGAAGAAGCAAACGACCGCGAUCAAGGAUCUUUGUGAUGGUUUCCCAGAGGAGUUCAACCAAUACUUGAGCUAUGUGAGGAACUUGGGUUUCGAGGAUACACCAGAUUACGAUUACCUGCGGGAUCUCUUCACUCAGGCUUUGAAGAACAGUGGUGAAGUUGAAGAUGGAGAGUAUGAUUGGAUGAAGUUGAACAAUGGCAAGGGAUGGGAAGCUAUGAAGCAACAUCCAUCUCAACACAUGCUACAUCAACCGAAUGCUGUCCCAGGGGCCUCGCAAAGAGAACUACAUGGAACAACUCGAGGAGGAAAUACAACACCAGGUCACCUCACUGCCGCCCGUUUAAACGCCGCACAACCCCCGCCACCAUCUCCGAUAAAGCCAGGGAUGGGCAAGUCUCGCGACCGGCAAAACGCCCCAGGUGCGUUAGCCCCGAAACGCAACAGCGGAGCGGCGGGGGGCCUUCAGGAUGCACCUACACCAGCAGGCUCAACUCAAGCCCAGUUCCAGAACAGCUCAAACAAUUUACCUCAAAGAAUGAGUGCAGCCCAACAAUCACCACUGAACACCAACGGGAGAGGACCAUCAGAACAGCCACAACCAACGGCAAUGCAAAAGAUCAUGAAAGCUCUGUGCUGCGGUUGA